CGAAGCUAUCCCUUUAAGGUUCAAUCUCUGAUAACAGCGGAGAUCACACAUAGUGGGGAUAUAGUAGUCUUCAUAACACCUGGCUGUGUAGUCGCAGUUUAAAGUAUUACAUAUUAUUAUUAUUAUAAUAAUUGUUACUAUAAAUCAUUCAGUCUAUAUAGAUUGGUCAUUCACAAGCACUUAAUAUUGUUUACCAAAGAAAUGGUGAUGGAGAAGCCAAGUCCCCUGCUUGUAGGGCGGGAGUUUGUGAGGCAGUAUUACACACUGUUGAACAAGGCACCAGAUUUCCUGCACAGGUUCUACGGGAGGAAUUCUUCCUAUGUUCAUGGGGGCCUUGAUGCCAGUGGAAAGCUGGCAGAAGCAGUGUACGGGCAAGCGGAAAUCCACAAGAAGGUCAUGUCCCUGCAGUUCAGUGAGUGCCACACAAAGAUCCGGCAUGUGGAUGCCCACGCCACACUCAGUGACGGCGUGGUGGUGCAGGUCCUCGGAGAACUGUCCAACAAUGGCCAGCCCAUGAGGAAGUUCAUGCAGACAUUUGUGCUGGCUCCAGAGGGUUCAGUGGCCAACAAGUUCUACGUACACAAUGACAUCUUCCGCUACGAAGACGAGGUUUUUUGUGACUCAGAAGCCGAACUUGAUGAAGAAUCAGAAGAGGAAGUUGAAGAGGAGGUAGAAGAAAGGCAGGCAUCCCCCGAGCCUCUGCAGGAGAGCCCCAACAGCACCACUUACUACGAGCCACUCCCCGUCACUAACGGAGUGGAGGAGCCCAUGGAGGAGCCUGCCCCGGAACCAGAAAUGGAACCAGAGCCUGAGCCCAAAGUCGAGGAAAUAAAGUCUGAAGUUGACGAGAAAGUUUUGGAAGAAAUGGAGGAAAAAGCUGCCUCCCCGGUCCCGGUGGAGUCUCCAGCUAAUGCCCAGGAGCCGCCCAAGACCUUCUCUUGGGCCUCAGUGACCAGUAAAAACCUUCCUCCUUCAGGCAUGUCCUCUGGUAUCUCACCCCAUGUUGUUAAAGCACCAAGCUCACAGCCCCGAGUCGAAGCCAAGCCAGAGACGCAGGCAACGCCACUGAGACUCCGAGACCAGCGUGCACGAGACAGACCGGCCUUUCCCCCGCGUGGACCCAGAUCAGAUGGCAUGCCAUCCUCUGAUGCUCAACCAGGGAAACCACACUUAAGUUUUGUCAACAAAGGCGGUCGAGGUGAUGCCGAAUCUGGUGAAAUGGACACCAGACGAACUAUACGCUACCCGGACAGCCACCAGCUUUUUGUUGGCAACCUCCCGCAUGACAUCGACGAAAGCGAGCUCAGAGACUUCUUCAUGACCUAUGGAAAUGUCGUCGAGCUGCGGAUCAACACCAAAGCAGUUGGCGGGAAGCUACCUAACUUUGGAUUUGUGGUCUUUGACGACUCUGAUCCCGUGCAAAGAAUCCUUGGGGCCAAGGUAGAAGGGCCUAUCAUGUUCCGUGGAGAAGUGCGUCUGAACGUGGAGGAGAAGAAGACCAGGGCAGUGCGCGAGCGUGAGACCCGCGGAGACGAUCGCCGGGACAUAAGGCGCAACGACCGGGGUCCAGGAGGCCCACGAGGCAUCAUGGGAAGCGGCAUGAUGCGAGACCGCGAUGGAAGAGGACCGCAACCCCGAGGCAGCAUGGCUCCCAAGCCGGGCAUGGGUUCCGGAAGGGGCUCCGGGGGCCCGGGCGAAGGUCGCUUUGCUGCUCAGCGCCGCUGAGAAGUGGCACCACCUGCAGUGUGGAAGUAGUAACGUGCUCUUCAUCUUCAACCGUUCACGAAAUCUACAUGUAUAAACGUAUAUAUUUGGGUUUUUUGUUUCUAUUUUUGCUUCCCCCUUUUUUUUUUGGGCUUUCGGAGUGUGACAGCCGGUCGAGCAUUUGUGAAAUACACAAAACUACGAAAAAUGUCACUUAUUAGUUGUGAGCUGAGGAUCCCUUUUUUUGGUAUCUCAAGAAAUCACACACUUUCAUUUGUAAAUUUGUGGAAACCCCACCAGGAGGAAUCUACAUUUUUCGGAGGGACUGAAAGACUACCACAAAACAGCCCAGCAUUUCAAACAGAGAUUAUAUCUAUAUAUGUAUGUAUCUAUCUAUAUAUAUAGAUCUAUAUAUAUAUAUAUAUAGAGAUCUUUAUAUAUAGAUCUAUAUAUAUAUAUAUAUAUAUAUAUAGAAAUAUGCCUUGACUUAAAGUAGGAGGCUGCUUAACAAAAUUCCUCUAUUGCACAUUUUCUAUGGUAGGUUUCUGUCCAUUACCGCUGGAAAACAGCAAGAUGCAAACGUUCCAAAGGGGAAAGGCAUGCCUUUUUAUUAUUUCCUUGCCCUUUUUUCAAGAGACCACUGCUUCAAAAAUAUUGCAUAACGCACUCACCAAUAUGCACUCAUGGGUACUUAUUUUUUGUGUGGUUCUUUGCCAUGUUUCAUUGACAAGCUGGAGAGACGACGUAACGGGGCAGGCCUCGCUCGCAGCCGCUAAGUACUGCUGUGUACUUGGACUUUUUCAUCGAAAACUUCAAUUAUUAUUGCUGGAUGGACAAGAUGACUACAUGCCUCCUUGAUAAACAUAAUCCUGGAUUUUUCCACCAAAUAAAUGACUGUGUGUGUGUUGUGAGGCUUUGGAGAUGUGUGAUGAAGAUGGCGGCUCGCUCUGGUUUCUUUUGAUUCACAGUAUUCCACUUCCUCUCCACUUCAUCUGUGUCUUCACAGGGUGAAAGUGACAGAAUAAAUGUACAGCAAAGUUUACUGUAUUGGUUUCCUUUUGACUCGAUUGAAAUGGAAAAAAAGGUGCCUUCUACUUUCUCUUUACAAAAGCAACAUUCAUUUUGGGUAAAACAAAAGUUGCAGUAUUCACAAGGAUAUUUUACUGUUUAAGAUGCGAUUUAUUUUAUUUUUUCUUUGUUUGCUGUUAUCUGGCCCCAAAAGGUACAUUAAAAACUGUGACAGCUCCAUAAUUCAAUACCAAACCAACUUUUUAAAAUAUUUUGUUUGUCCUCCAAAUACAAUUUUGUAAUGUGUGUGUGAGUGAGUGAGUGGGCUGGCUGUGUUUGCAGCUGUCAGACUUAGCAAAUACUAUGUGAACACUUUUCUAGCUGUUGGUGCAUUUGUAUUUUUCAUAAUGCUGGUUAUUCUUCAUUGUGCUCUCUUUUUUUUUGCUUUCAGCUGGAAAGGGCAACAUGAGAUGUUUUUUUUUUGUUUUGUUUAAUCUUGCACUGAAAAGAGGAAAGUGAUGUAGCAACUUUAUUUUCUGGACAAAUGCGCUAAUGAGGUCUUCCUUAUCUGGUGGUAUAUUGCACUAUUUUCCAAACAAUUCUGGGACAAUCUCUUAUGUCGGUUCGAGCACAGCCUCUCCUCCCAAAUUAACUGAAAUAAUCUGCAUAUUUUCCACACAUGAGAGCUAGUUUUGAUAAAUGCAUUUCCCUUUUAUGAGCUGGUAUGUGACAACUACGUCAUGUGUUUAAAAGUGGACAUUUUUUGAGCCUCCAAAAAAAAGCUGUAAAUUAUUUGUGUUAUUUUCUUCCUUUCUGCCUGAGAUUGCAGUUGGCUGGUGAAUCAUUCCAGUCCUUUUUGAACGGAAAUAGAAGUCUACUCUGUUGGCUGCCAUCUUCUUUCAUUGUUGCUAUAGUACAAACAAAAAAGUUUGCAGGUGGAUGAUGUUUUUUUUAUGUUUUUCCCUUUUUCCAUUUUGAAUGUGUCAGACUUAACAAUAAACUACUGAUAUCAGCGCCACUCAUA